AUGUCCUUGCUGAACUUUUGGGAGACGCAGCGUCCCGCGAAACGUCGGCGGACUUUUGAAAAAGAGGAUUCUAGUACAGACACAGAGAUUAAACCACCACCGAGUCCGAGUCCUUCAGUCACAGCCGGGGAAACCCCCGCUGUGGACGAUUUAAGGAUUAUUACCAACAGCCAAACAGAACUCGAGACUUCCCUUCCUGCGAUCAAGACCGACGAGGACGCAAUCGAGGAGUACGAGGCAUUGCAGAAUGACACUAAGAUGGGAUUAGAUGUGAGGCUACGAGAUGGUGCCUGGCAGAAAGGCAAAAGCUCCAUAUAUGUGGAUGCAUUCAACCUGGCAUUGGAAACUGUGCUGGAUGAGGAAUCACAUCUCUUUAACGAGGCUGAAAUGGAAAUCUUUACGCAGUGGCGGGGGCUUUCCUACGAAUCCCAGUAUCUGUAUGUUCGACUGUUCCUCCGAAAGACCUCUGCCUGGCAUCGAAUCAACCGGUUGAACUACUACUCUGAUAUCUCGGAUUUAUUCUCUGUUGCCGAAGACCUACAACGGGACCGGACCCUGCCUGAUUCAGAACUUGGAGAUACGUUCAAAUUUGCAGAGGGCAUAGAAGCGAUCACAACGCUGGAAGAGGCUUCAUCGCUUCUAUUGCUAGAGGAACUCAAGGUCUUUGCAAAGGAGGCCAAGGUCCAGGGCAAGAGCAAGAAAGAGCUGCUGGCGGCUCUUCGCGAAACAAGCCAGACCCAGACAGGACUCAAAGACACAAACAACAGAGAUAGCCAUUUCACUCAGAAGAUAUUGGACUACACGGGUGGAUGUAUCAGGAUCUCGCCAGUGCCUCGCACUCUCUUCGAACGAGUGCACCUGGUAUUCUAUCGUUCCACCGAGUGGACCGAAAAGUCCCUUACCACAAUUAUCCUGGCCAAAAUGACCAAAAGAAACUUCCCCGAAUAUAUCGUCUGCCGCUCGAAUUCCAUCUUCUCGUCUAGGGAGGCACUACUGGAAUUUGAAUCAGCAAUACAAAUCCAAUUCGCGAUCGACAACAUCCUUGAAUCCAACGGCCCAGUCACGACCGACUCCCUCCAACAGAUCAUUGACCUUGCCAACAAGUCCCAUCCCCGAUGGAAAGAGCUAGUCGAGCAAGAGCAAAAGAAAGAAGACAGCAUCUACGAAAGCGGCGAAGGCGCAUAUCUACGCCGGUUCUCGCCGGCAUGGGUGCUCACAAGAAUCAUCCACAAGAGUCUUCACCCGCUCGGCCGGUUCAAGGAACACAAACGCGAGCAUGAGGUGCUAGAGGAACUUCUCGCUCAGCGCCUCUUCCACGCUGCGCGGCGUGGUGCGUGGUAUCAGCGCAAGGCACUGCUAGAAGAACACUACAUGUGGGCGCUUACGUCCACAGAUGGGCGCAGCGAAGAAGCCCAACGCAAGCAUUGGAAGAGACUUGCGCUACGGACGUGUGAGACCGGGCUGGAAGACCCGCUGUGCCAUCUGAUCUUUCAUUAUGACCUGCAGAAGCGGAUCACGAAGCUGGAAAAGGCGCUGCGGGUGGUGAAGCGCGAGCAGCAUGAUUUCGGACAUGUGAUGCUAGGCAAGCCAGCCGAGCGGACUAUUGAGGGUAUCCGCAUUGAUACGGGUGAUUCUCCGCGAAAGGGGAAAGCGACUGUUUGGGUUGAUGAGAGGGAGGGCGGCGAGUGUAGGGUGGAGAGUAUGUGUCUGAGUUGGUACCGUGAUCAUGGAUGGAAGGGGUAUCACUCUGAGGGAGGGAUUGUGCGGACACUGUUCGGCUACCUCUUCUACGAUAUUCUGUUCACAUACGUACCCAACGUCUUCCAGACUGCGUUCCAGACUUGUCCGCUCGAUCUCCAUACUGAUGUCUUCUACCCGUCUCGUGCAUCGGAGAUCAAUCACCGGCUGGUUGAGAUCACGAAUGGGGAUGCAGAGCGGAUCGUCCGUGAGAUCCAUGCUCGUGAAGGGGAGGCGCAGCCUUGCGCUGUUGGUCUUGACUGGUCUUUCGAUCUAGAUGACUUAGUUGAGAUUGUGCAGUGUUUCCGGGGAGAGGCACUUGCUACUAUCUGUAAGGUUAUGGCGCAGGAGUACCAGCAACGUGGUGGAGGAAUCCCAGACUUGUUCCUCUGGAAUCAUGAGACGAGGACGGUGAUGUUCGCUGAGGUGAAGUCGGAGAAUGAUCGGCUGAGUGAUACCCAGCGCCUUUGGAUCCAUAUUUUAUUGGGGGCUGGUGUUAAAGUUGAGCUUUGCAAUGCCGUGGCGAGGGAGGUUAGAGCUGAGUGUGAUGUGUGA